UUCUUUUCACCACUUAUUCCCAUUACUUCUCCGCUUGACUUAUACAACCCCUCCUCCCAUUUUGUAAAUCGCAUCGUGCUGUCAUACAACGCGCCCCCGGGACAACCGGGCCUAGCGCACUCACAACAAGCAUCAUGUCAUCCACCCAUAGCUUCAGUGGUCACAAUCACGACCGAUUAGGAGAGCGCGCAGGCGAAGACGCCUUUGCUGGCCAGACGAUGGUUUCAUCCCAAGAUGAUUCAAACAAUCCCAACGACAGCAUGCAUAUUUCAGCUGGCCAGAUGAUGCUCUCUGCUAUCUCCGGGAGUCUUCUGACUUCGCUACUAGUCACCCCGCUUGAUGUUGUUCGUGUCCGAUUGCAAUCCCAAGGUUCGUCGCAACCAGCCGCAAAUUUCCAGAAACUUGCUAUUUCGUCACCCAAUGCUUUUCGACCUUCGAACCUCGGUGUUACAGCUUGCUGUCGAGAGGUGUUCUUUAUGAAUAACAUUGCCGAAGUCUGCAUCGCCGGUCCUAUCGGAAGAGCAACUGCCGGAUCUGCAGAAUGCGCCGCGGAGGAAGUACAGAAAAGAAGGUUCAACUCUACCUUUGACGGUAUGAGGAAGAUUGCCCGCCACGAGGGCUUCACGACAUUAUGGAGGGGUCUUUCGCCAACCCUAGUCAUGGCCGUCCCGGCCAACAUCAUUUAUUUCACUGGGUACGAAUGGCUACGAUACAAUCAAGCGAGCCCCGUCGCAAAGAUUGCCAAGGACGAAUACGCUCCUCUGAUAGCAGGCACAAUGGCGCGAAUACUCGCCGCAGCUACCGUCAGCCCCAUCGAACUUUUCCGAACCCGACUACAAGCUUCUCCCGGCUCAACUACGACGGGCCAUCUCGCAAAUACGUUCAAGGGUAUCCGAGAAAUGGUGGCCGAGAACGGUUACCGUUCUCUGUGGAGAGGGUUGACCCUGAUGCUCUGGCGUGAUGUUCCCUUCUCCGGAAUGUAUUGGUGGGGCUACGAGGCGAUUAGAGGUAAACUAACCGAUAUGCGAGAAGAACGCCAUGGCCGUUCUUUGACCCGAGAGCUCGACGGACCGAAAUCUCGCGCCAGGUCACGGUCUCAGAGCAACGAGGGUCAUGCGGCGACUUUUAUGGACAGUUUUACGGCAGGCGCACUUUCUGGCGCUUUCGCUUCCAUGGUGACCAUGCCGUUUGACGUUGGCAAAACCCGCAGACAAGUGUUCCGAGAUGCAUCCAACAAGGCCUUACCUAGCGCCGGAGGGGUUUCAGCACCGGAGGGACAGUCGAUGAUGCGUCUACUAGGGCACAUAUACUCUACCGAAGGCAUUGCGGGGCUUUGGAAAGGGUGGCUCCCGCGCAUGCUCAAAGUGGCACCAUCUUGCGCCAUCAUGAUCAGUAGCUACGAAGUCGGCAAGAGGGUCUUCAGGAGCAUCAACGAACGGAAAGCCAGUAAACAGCGUGAACAUCCUACCGAUGAACCUUGAUGUGUAACACCACUUUCUCCACUCCGUUUAUGAUUUCUUUUUCCUUUUUCGGGGGGUUUUCAUUUUUGCAUUAGCAGGCGUUGUUUCGAGAGCCAUGAUGAUACCUUACUUAGAGGCCGAUGGAACCGGAAAAUCCCCAAUAGGAAAGUUCGAUUGGUUUUGAUCAUGGCGAUGAUGAAUUACAUCAGAAGAAGACUAGAGACGAUAAUUGCAUAGACCGGAUUUGGGUUGGCCCCCUUUCUUUAAUGAUGGUUUGUGUAUAAUAGUUACGAUACGAUACGAUGCGGGAAAGGCAAACGGAGAUAAAAAAAGGAAAAGGAAAAGGACGAGAUCCCUACACAUACACUACACCAAACCCUAGACAGAAAAAAGAUCAAAUCUCAAUCAAUGCAGGGUACAUAGUGUAAUAAUGUCAAUAUGACGAUACUUUACUGUAA